CCUUCUUCUCCCUAAGUCGUCCAGAUUUGAGGAUCGAAUGAUAUGAAUCUGUCCUUUAGUUGGAUUUGAAAACUUGAUUGAUCCAUUCAAUCUCCGAGCACCGAUCUCGAUUCCACAGGUAACGAUUUGUUACGUCGACGAAGAUGAUGAAGAUGCGAAUUGGCGUGCUGGCGUUGUUGGUAGCUCUCUCUGUGGUUGAAUUUGGAUUGGCUUCUCCUAACACCGUUCCUGCUUUCCUCUGGUCUCCGCAUCUCCAGGCUGCUAAUGGUGAAUUGGAUGAGGCUGUGAAUUAUCAGGUCAUGUCUGCGAAGGAUCUAGUAGGUUCUGUGUUCACUCAUGGAGGAUGGUCAAACUUUCUGUGCUCGGAGAAGAAAGUUGAGCAGCCUGUUGAUGUUGCACUUGUGUUCAUUGGCAGAGAGUUAUUGUCUUCUGAUGUGUCUUCGAGAAGGAACUCGGACCCUUCCCUUGUUAACACAUUGAAUAAUCUAUUUACAGCUUCGAACUUCUCAUUGGCAUUCCCAUACAUUGCUGCGCCAGAGGAAGAAAGGAUGGAGAGUUUGUUGCUUUCAGGGCUUAAACAAGCUUGCCCUCACAAUGUAGGAGUCAGCAAUAUUGUCUUCUCCGAUUCUUGCCUUGUUGAGGAUGGAACAAUCCAGAAACUAUCAGACUUGCAGUCUUUCAAAGAUCAUUUACUUGCUAGAAGAGAAACAAGGAAAGAAGGAGAAACCGACUUGGUUGUGCUCUGUUCUGAGGGUUCUCAAUCACAUUCAGAGCGUGAAAGCAUCUCCGAACUUGUUAGUUCAGUAGAACAAUCUGGCAGCAAAUAUACAGCUCUUUAUGUUUCUGAUCCUUACUGGUACACAUCUUACAAAACCCUCCAAAGGUUUCUAGCCGAAAGUGCUACCGGAAACAGCAGCUCUGUUGGUGUUUCCACAACCUGUGAUGAACUCUGCAAAUUCAAGUCAUCACUUUUGGAAGGCAUCCUAGUGGGAAUCGUUUUCCUUCUCAUCUUGAUCAGUGGACUUUGUUGUAUGGCGGGUAUUGAUACACCAACUAGAUUCGAGACUCCUCAAGAUUCUUGAGCAGUUGACCCCUUAAAGAGUCAUCCCCACCUUUUGCUUUGCUUUGCUUUUUGCUUGCGGCGGAUCUUUUCUUCUGCAUAGUGCGUACGUACCUUUUCAACGUCGAUGGUUACAUUACUAUAUGCCAUAUAAAGAGUUCCCCUUGUAACAUUUAUUCAUCUUGUAUGUGCGUCUUUCCUAUAUACUAUAUAACUUAAUAAUGGAGAACAAAGUAAAAACCAGAGAGAAUCUUUGUUAUUUCUUUUAUACUGCAAGACUACAUUCUUUUAUAAACGUUUGUCAUUUCCUUUGUGUCUUAACUUAUCUUCAAUACCUAAUA